ACAAAAGUGUCGGAUUUGCUUCAAAUCGUGCUGGAGAUAUGUAGUGGAGCAUUCAACAGUUGCUUUCAUUACCCUAAAUUUGCAUUGCAGCUGCAAGCUUGCUGAAUGCAGAAUUAUUAUCUGUGAACCAGAAACCAUGCACAGAUUAACUUUCCCAUCCGAAGGAAGGUGUUUUGGUUUUAGAGGAAAUGAUGGGCUUUGGCUCAAAAAAGGAGAAUAUGGGCCAAGCCUUAACCUUGUUCUAAAUUUUAACUAUUAAUGGGCUUAAGGGAAGUUCUAAAUUUUUUUCGAGCCCAAAUCCAAACCUGGAAAGCCGGUGUAACGGUAAAUGUCCCGCUGCAACCGGUUUUCUCGGGACUCACUCGACAUUCCGCCAAAAUAACGCCACUCUGCGCGCAUUUCCGGUACAUUCCCCUCUCUCUGCAGCAUUUCCGGCGAAAGAACAAUGGCGAUUCCGCCUGCUCUCGUGGUUGUUCCUGUUGGAGUACUCUUCAUUCUCUCUGGUCUUAUCGUCAAUCUCAUUCAGGCAAUUGUGUUUAUACUUGUUCGGCCUGUGACAAAGAGUUUGUACAGAAGAAUCAACAAAGUAAUUGCUGAAUUACUGUGGUUGGAGCUCAUAUGGCUCAUUGAUUGGUGGGCUGGCGUUAAGGUUGAGUUGUACACAGAUGUGGAAACUUUUCGAUUGCUGGGCAAGGAACAUGCUCUUGUCAUAUGUAAUCAUCGGAGUGAUAUUGAUUGGCUUGUUGGAUGGGUCUUAGCUCAGCGGUCAGGUUGCCUUGGCAGUGCCCUAGCUAUCAUGAAAAGUGCAGUAAAAUUCCUCCCAAUCAUUGGUUGGUCAAUGUGGUUUUCUGAUUAUGUCUUUCUGGAAAGGAGCUGGGCUAAGGAUGAAGAGACUUUAAAGUCAGGUUUUAAACGGCUGGAGGACUUUCCUAUGCCAUUUUGGUUGGCUCUUUUUGUAGAAGGAACUCGCUUUACACAGGGAAAACUUCUGGCAGCUCAAGAGUAUGCUGCUUCUAAAGGGUUACCAGUUACUCGAAAUGUUUUGAUUCCUCGUACAAAGGGUUUUGUUUCAGCAGUAUGUCAUAUGCACUCUUUUGUUCCAGCAAUAUAUGAUUGUACAGUGGCCAUUCCCAAGAAUCAGCCUCCACCUACAAUGCGCAGAAUAUUUGGAGGGCAACCUUCUACGGUAAAUCUUCAAAUCAGGAGGCAUUUAAUGAAGGAACUUCCAGAAACAGGUGAUGGUAUUGCUCAAUGGUGUAAGGAUGUGUUUGUGACCAAGGAUACUUUAUUGGAGAAAUAUUUUGCCAAGAACACAUUCAGUGACCUUGAACAUCAAGACAUUGGACGACCCAAAAAGUCUUUAUUUGUUGUUAUUUCUUGGUCAUGUUUCCUAGUCUUUGGCAUUGUCAAAUUAUUCCAACGAUUUUCAUUUCUCACCUCAUGGGUAGUCAUUGCAUUUUUGGUGACUUUCUUGGUCCUUGUCACCAUUGUUAUGCAAAUCCUCAUUCAAUCUUCGGAGUCAGAACGCUCCACACCACCACACCUACUCCCAUCAGACCCAAUGAAACAGAGGCUUCUCCAGAAAUAAGCCAAGAAAUCCAUAACAAAGGCCCUCUGCAAUUAGGAACUUUUGGAAAUACAUCCUUGAGGUGCGCAAGUGCUGUCUAUAUCCUUGUCUCUGUGACUUGGGAACUGUAGUAUCUGUGAUGUCAUACAUUCUAUUCUCCAGGUCUUCCUGUAGGUUAAUAUAAGCAUUGCUUGUCUCAUCGUCAUCGGUAAUUUGAUUCUUUCAUUUGUUUUUUUCUUAACCUAUCAUGACCAUGACCAUGCUAUUCUUUUAUAAACGGUUAAGAUAUAU